UUUCUUUUUCUUUUCUUCAACACAUGCAAAACUUUGAUUGAUUCCAUUUCUUACAAAAUUUUACAUAUGUAUUCAAACAAAUCAUAUCAAUUUUCCACACUUCAUUCAUUCACAACUCCGUCUCCUUCAGCUACCUCCGCCACCGCUGCGUUGCCGCCGCCAUUCGCCACUCAUAAUAUACGUUUGCUGUCGUCACUAUUCAUCACACUUUAGAGACGACGUGCAUGGAGCCUGCUUCCACCACAAAAGCAAAUAGGAUUUAUGAUAUGUUUCGAUUGGCUGUGAGAUUGGCACAAUCAUGGUGUGGCACUGUGAUUUUGGCAAAAACUACAAUUUGGAUCAUGAUUUUGCAAAACUCGUCACUCAUCAAAACAUAGACUAAAAAUUUAUAUUUACAUUGCAAAUUUACAGCUUACAUUUGUGAUAUGCAAAUGAUAAUAUAUAUUUCAUUUAUGUAUUAAAAUUUUAAAAAACUUGGUUUUCCCAGAUUUUUUGUUAAAGCUUCAUCACUGCAUGAGUAUAAGGUGGCCAAGAGUGUUGAAUCCAACUUACCUUACUCAGAUUAUAAGAACUCAAAAGAACCCUUUAAAGGCUUUGGAAAUUUUCAAUGAAGCCAAAUCAAAGUACCCUAAUUAUUCCCACAAUGGUCCUGUAUAUGCCACCAUGAUCAAUAUCCUUGGAACAUCAGGGAGACUCAAGGAGAUGAGCGAUUUGAUUGAGCAAAUGAAAGAAGAUUCAUGUGAGUGUUAAGAUUCAGUAUUUGUGUCUGCGAUUAAGACAUAUGCCAAAGAAGGGCUAGUAGAUGAAGCAAUCUCUCUUUAUAAGAACAUUCCUCAGUUUAACUGUGUGAAUUGGACUCAAUCUUUCAAUACUCUUUUGAAGAUAAUGGUGAAUGAGAAUAAGCUUGAAGAUGCUCAUAGUCUUUUUGUUGAGAGUUCAUGUGGUUGGGAAGUGAAGUCUCGCGUUCAGGCGUUGAACUUGCUUAUGUAUGCUUUAUGCCGGAAGAGUCGAUCGGAUUUGGCAUUGCAGAUAUUUCAAGAGAUGGAUUAUCAAGACUGCUACCCUAAUAGGGAAAGUUAUUUAAUUGUGAUGAAGGGAUUGUGUCAGGAUAAGAGGUUACAUGAGGCGACUCAUUUGUUGUAUUCAAUGUUCUGGAGAAUAUCUCUGAAAGGUAAUGGUGAGGACAUUGUAAUCUAUAGAACUCUAUUGGAUGCUUUAUGUGAUAAUGGAAAAUUUGAUGAAGCUGUGGAAAUUCUCGGUAAAAUUUUGAGGAAAGGACUGAAAGCUCCAAAGCGAUGUUAUAACCGACUUGAUAUUACUCAGUGCGGUGAUGGUAAAGAUGUAGAAGUCACUAAACGUUGGAUUCAUGAAGCUUUGGUUAGGGGUUCGGUUCCUAGCACUGCUAGUUAUACUUCCAUGGCAGUUGAUCUAUACGAAGAAGGUAAGAUAGAUGAGGCUGAUAAAGUUAUUAUUGAAAUGAAAGACAGACGCUUUAGACCAAAACAUUCUAUUUUUGAGGCAAAGGUAGCUGCAUUGUGCAAGGUUGGGAAGGUAGAUGAAGCAAUCAAGGUAAUUGAAGAGGACAUGGUGGAAGUCAAUUGUCUGCCUAAUGCUAGAGUGUAUACUAUUCUCUUGAAAAACAUACGUAGUGUAGGAAAUUCGACGUCGGUGCUCGAAAGCUUGAACAAGAUGUCGAAAAAGGUAAAUUGCAUGGCCGACAAAGAAACUUAUUGCAUUUUACUAGAAAUGCUUUGUCGCGAGGGAAAGUAUCUUCAGGCAAGCCAACUUUUGGAACAAAUGUCAAUUAAAUCAUAUUGGCCUUCUGCAAACAGUUACAAUUUGCUCAUUGAGGGUCUUUGUUCCUUAGGUAGGCAAUAUGAAGCUGUUAUGUGGUUAGAGGACAUGAUAAGCCAAGGAAAGCUUCCUGAAAUUUCUGUUUGGAAUUCAUUAGCAUCUUCAUUUUGUAACUCGGGGAUGAUGAAAGUGUCUGCUGAGACAUUUAAUCGCAUAAAAAGUUUGUGAUUCUGGAUUCUGAUGUAAAAUAUUAUGAUUUUAUAAUGAAUAGAAUCUUGAACUACUAUUUUUUUUCAAAUAUACUCAUGCUUCUUCGUUA